AAGCACCAUUUUACCGGUGUCCUACGGCAAAUUUUGCCCUAAAUCAAAGGUUCCCCUGCAGACUCCAGUCUCCUAGUGAACGACUCGACGGAGUCACGGUCCCCAGCAGAACGGAGAGAUCGCCGGCGAGAGUUUCCCGAUGACCGGCGGCGGCGGAGGCAGCACCCGGCGUCCGUCCGCCGCCGCUAGGAGCCGCGGUAGGCCCUCCGACGCCUCGGAGCCGGAGCCGGACGCUCGCCGAGCCGCGGCCGCAGCGGCGCGGCGCCGUGGCCGUGGCGACCAUGGCCCCCUGCGUAUCAUGGACGUGAGGCGCCGAACCCUCGCGUUCUUAGGGAUUGCUUCCUUCGCCCUCAUGUUGGUUGCCUUCGUGGCGUAUACGGGCGGGUGGUGGGAGGAGGUGGAAGGGGAGGGCGCGGCGACGCUACGAAGGGUCAUGCGCUCCGUCACGCCGCUGCCAGCGCCCAGGAUGAUGGAUCUGCCUCAGUUCCAAGGUGACCACAAGGAAAGCUUGUAUUGGGGCACUUACAGACCAAAUGUGUAUCUUGGAAUUCGUUCAAGAUCUCCUCUGUCUUUAAUUGCUGGAUUGAUGUGGAUUGGCUUGAAAAAUGGGCAAUAUUUUCUUCGUCAUGUUUGCCAAGAUUCUGAUGAGCUGAGCACAUAUGGGUGGACAGUUCACAAUGGUAGGGAUUAUGGACAUCAGGUGCUGGUUGAUCAUGGUCUAUUCUUGACUACUAGUUUUCUUAAAGAGAAAGGAGAGGGCAGUGGUUAUGGUGGAGACUGGGCAGUUCGAUUGAAUGCUAACAGUGAGAGGUCAAGUUUAAGUGAUUCUCAAGGAAGCAGCACACAUCUAUUUUUCUACGUUGCUGACGAAAGUGGAAAGUCAAUCACUAUGGGGUCACAUGUAUCUUCAUCAAGGGGCCCUGUUCUUUUGGCAUCUGGAUCGCACGAUGAGAUUGGUGAUUGGGAAUUGUACUUGAGAUCUGAGGACAAUCUGGAAAUUCACAGAGCUGGAUUCAAAUCAAUGAGUAUGCAUAAUCUGAGUGACCUAGUACAACAGGCCGUUGCAACUAAUGCAAUGCAAACUGGGAACCUUAACUUGCCAGACACGACUGAAGAUUCUUCAAAUAUAAUGAUCUAUCAGAUUUCCAUAAAGACUCCUGCUCAAAUAGAUAUAGUAUUCUUGUCAGGGUCUGCCUCGAAAAAUCCAACGGUUGAAGAACGGAUUAGCAAGCUAACAGGUCCCAUGCUGAGCGCUCGUCUUGAAUCAAAACAAAAGGAAUUUGAAGAGAGAUAUGAUCAAAUAUUCAAUGUCAAUAAUAAGAUUGAUUCCAAAGAAUUAUCUGUUGGUAGAGCUGCCUUGUCAAAUCUUCUUGGUGGUGUUGGCUACUUCUAUGGGCAGUCCAAAAUUGCGCUUCCAAAAGGUUUUACACAAAAAAACGGGGAUAAAUAUAUUCCAUAUUGGCCAGCUGCGUUAUAUACUGCUGUACCCAGCCGCUCAUUCUUUCCAAGGGGAUUUCUGUGGGAUGAGGGCUUCCAUCAAUUAGUCAUUUGGCGUUGGGAUGUGCAUAUAUCAAUGGAUAUCAUUGGACAUUGGUUAGAUCUGCUUAAUUCAGAUGGAUGGAUUCCUAGGGAGCAAAUCUUAGGAGCUGAGGCUUUAAGUAAAGUUCCUGAGGAAUUUGUUCUGCAGUACCCUUCCAGUGGAAACCCUCCAACUUUAUUUCUUGCGAUACGUGAUUUGGCAAGUGGAAUACAUGCACAACAGUUUUCAGAUGAUGAAGCUGAAAAGAUUUCCGCUUUCCUUGAAAGGGCUUAUAUACGGCUGAAUUCUUGGUUCCAGUGGUUCAACAGUACACAAUCAGGUAAAUACGAAGGCACCUUCUAUUGGCAUGGAAGAGACAACAUGACAACAAAGGAGUUGAACCCAAAGACUUUGACAUCUGGAUUGGAUGAUUAUCCUCGUGCAUCUCACCCUAACGAUGAUGAACGCCAUGUUGACCUUCGUUGCUGGAUGCUUCUAGCUACAAACUGCAUUCGUUCAAUUGCGGAGUUUCUUAAAAUGGAUAGCGCUCUUGAGAAAGAUUACUAUAAGAUGUCAAAUCAACUUUCAGAUUUUGGAACACUUAACAAGUGGCACUUGGAUGACAAAAUUGGUGCUUAUUUCGACUAUGGUAACCAUACUGAAAAGGUCCGAUUGAGAUGGUAUGAUGUCCAAGACAGGGAUACUAUGAGACGAGAGCUCUUGCGAGAAACAUUACAACCCCCUCAGCUGCAAUUAGUACCCCAUGUUGGUUAUGUCAGCCUCUUCCCAUUCAUGAUGGGAGCUAUUCCACCUGAAUCAUGGGUUCUUGAGAAACAGCUCGAUCUAAUAUCCAAUACCUCUAUAUUGUGGACAGAUUAUGGCCUUCGGUCACUUUCUAGAACAAGUUCAAUAUACAUGAAGCGUAAUACGGAGCAUGAUCCCCCAUAUUGGAGAGGUGCCAUUUGGAUAAACAUGAACUACAUGAUUCUUUCAGCACUACAUCAUUAUUCACAUGAGGAUGGCUCAUACAAGGGCAGGGCAGGAGAAUUAUAUGACAAGCUAAGAUCAAAUCUUAUCCGGAAUAUCGUGAAGAAUUACCAUGAAACUGGUUUCUUCUGGGAAAACUUUGACCAGAAGAACAAGGGAAAGGGAAAGGGUGCACGGUCAUUUACUGGAUGGAGUUCACUUCUUGUUCUUAUCAUGGCAGAGUCGUACCCGACAUUGCAUAGGUGAGAUAUACAUGGCUAGCAACCACAGAAGAAGAUACCCGGGGCAAUUCAAAUGGAAUGGGGGGGGGGGGGGGGGUGGCCAUUGUUUGGCUCGACUUCAACCAAAAAAGUGAGGGAACUUGAUUCAUAGCAUACUAGAAUUACUCCUGGUCAAUCUGUUUAGAAUUAGUUACACAUUGACAUCACUAUUCCGUUCUCUAUCACCGUAAAGUAUGAGCUUAUAGAAACCGCAAACAAUGAAAGCUCGUUAACUAUUCCUUUUUCGUUAAAGCUGAACUGUGGAGCUGUA